CUUAUCAUUAUCAUUCUGAUGUUAGUGUAUGUUCCGUUGUUGUUUGGACGUAGUCUUUAUUGUCGUCGUUUGCCAACGGGUCUGUCGCGUGUGACUUCUUAUAUUUAAUAUUUGAAGAUAUAACCGCGAUUUAUACCGGCCAACUAUUAAUUGUCUGCAAUGUGUUACUUUGGCUGAAGGAUCAAACAAUGGAUUGCCUAAAGACAGGCCUCUGGUUACAAUAAGCUCAUUGAUACUCUUAAAUAAAUUUUAUCAUGAUUAUUACAUGUUGAUGGGUUAUUUAAAUAAUAUGGAGUUACAAAAUUGUAUUCCUCAAAUGAAAAAUGACUAUAAAUUGAAUGAAAUUAAUGAUCAGCAAGAAGUAAUAAGCAAUCAACAAGGAUGGAAUACUAUGCCUUCUCAUGAUAUCAUGGUUCCCGUACCAAUUAAAAUUCAACCAUCUAUGGGUAUUUUAGAUCAAAACAUUCAUGCAAUGAACAAUUCUAGUCCUCAUCCAAGUGUCAUACAUUCCAGUCCUCAAACACCACAUGGUAUUCCUAUUGCUGUUGGAGCAUAUAUUGAACCAGAAUUACCAGUAGAACUUCUACAGCAAGGAUGGAAAAAAUUUUGGAGUAAAAGAGAGAACCGUCCAUAUUUUUGGAAUAAACUUACUGGAGAAUCACUUUGGGAAUUUCCUCCUAUGAGACAGUUUGAUGUGUCAUCUGAUCCGUUAGGAAUAACGAAUGAUGGACAUCAAAAUGGAGCUAAUCAAGUAUUAUUAAAAAAGAGACCAGCUGAAGAGAUGGCUGUUGGUCCUGCUUCAAAAAAAUUGAUUUUAAUAGGACCUUGGGAUUUGGAAAUACCAACAAAUGUAAUUAUUUAUGAAAGAUCCCCAUCAAUGUUGCCACAACCUCAUCCAGAUAUAGAGUUUUACCGUGGUCAUUUAGUUGCAAAAUUAAGACAAUGUUAUCAAGAACUGUGUCAAUCUAGAGAAAACAUAAAUGCACCAAAAGAAUCUUUUAAUCAUUGGCUCAUUGAAAGAAAAAUUGUUGAUACAGGUUCAGAUCCUUUAUUACCAUCACAAUGUUAUCCAGAAGUGUCCUUAAGAAUGUAUAAUGAAAUAAUGAAUGACAUUCCUUUACGGCUAUCAAAACCAAAAUAUACUGCAGAUGCUCGUAAACAAUUGUCAAUUUAUGCAGAAGCAGCCAAAAAUCUCAUAGAAUCUAGAAAUGCUCUCCAAGAAAGUAGAAAAGUAGUAAAAUGGAACACUGAAGAUACAUUACAAUGGCUAAGAAAAACAGUAGGAGCUACUUAUAUUGAUUUUCAAGAACGAUUGAAUCAUUUAAAAUCUCAAUGUCAACCGCAUAUAGCGCAAACUGUCAAAGAUUCUGUUGAAGGGAUUUGUUCAAAAGUAUAUCAUUUAUCUGUUGAGUAUGCCCGUAAAAUUCGAGAGAAAAAUUAUGAACUUUUAAAAGCACAAGGAAUUACAGAAAUGCCACCAGCUCCUGCAGUGUUAACACUACAUAAAGUAUGGUGUUAUCCUAUUCAGUUUGCAACACCUGCACCUCGUCUUCCUCCUAUUGAAUAUAUGGCUGACAAAGAUCAAACUUAUGUGCGGUUUAAUGGAGAGAAAUUACUUAUUAAUACAGUGUAUCUUCAAAAACUAGAGCAACUUUAUCGAUACAGUUGUUUUGAAGAUAAAAAAAUGGAUUAUUUUAUGGGCAGAGUUUGGUGUUUGUUAAAAAGAUACUAUGUAUUUUGUGCAAAUAGUCCUGAAACUCAAGCAUCCGUACCUGUCACUAUUCUUGAAUCGUUGCAUAGAAAUUUUGGAGUGACUUUUGAAUGUUUUGCUUCACCAUUAAACUGUUAUUUUCGACAGUAUUGUUCAGCAUUUCCAGACACAGAUGCUUAUUUUGGAUCUAGAGGGUCCAUUUUAGAUCUAAAUGCUGUAAGUGGAUCUUUUGUUAUGAAUCCUCCUGUUUUCUGUGACGAGUUGAUAGAGUCUGCUUUGAACCAUGUUGAACAGUUAUUAUCUGAAUCUAAUGAACCACUUUCAUUCAUUGUUAUGUUGUCUGAAGGUGAAACAAAUUUUAUUAAUAAACUUGAUUCAAGUCGUUUUAAAAGGAGACAAGUAGUAAUACCAGCUUAUGAGCAUUACUACAGACAUGGCUUCCAGCACAGUAUACCUAAAUCUGAAGUUAAUGUACGAUCACCUACUAGUACAUUAGUUGUUUGGCUUCAAAAUAAUGCUGGAUGUCAGCGAUGGAGUCCAAGUGAAGAUAGAGUUGAAGCUUUACUUGAGGCUUUUAGGCCUGGAAGAGAGCGUGAUCGUGAUCGUCAGGAACUACUCUCUCCUCCACCAAAUAGCACUUCAGGAGGACCUCCUCCUGCUUAGCAAUAAAUUUGUUGUAUUAGGCAUUUCAAUGUCUAAAUAGCAUGUAAUAUGUAUACACAGCAUAGUUAUAUGCAAGUAUGCAUUAAUGCUCA